UCUCCUGCCUGCACUCCUCGUCCGACAACUGGCUGCGUGCACGCGGCCGCCGGCUCUCUCUCUCUCUCUCUCUCUGAAGACGAUCCCUUCGGAAUUACUUUGACGCUAAAACUUUUUUUAUCAACCGGUCGCACGUGAAUAAUGUUGACUGCUGCGAGGAGCGCAGAAGUGUUGGCAGGUCCUCAGUGACUGCAGCCGACGGGCUGUCCCCUGCUACCCCCCCCACCAGCCUUUGAAGUGAGGCCAGGAGUGUGAACCACUACCCAGCCGACAAGGAUUCCUCCUUGUCCCUCUUGCCACCUUCACCGCUUCUCCCCAGACACACUAUUUAUUUGGGCUGUCAAGGACACGGAGUCACUGAGACAAGGACCCAGGAAAACAGAGGGAUUGUGCUACUUUAAAGGACCAACCUCAAUAAGGCAAUCGUUUGGUCCUCUAAAUCCUUGAAGGGAUUAUUAUACUGCAUAGGACCGAAAAACAUGGGGAAUCAGUUAACAGAAAUUGCCCCCAACACCCAGUUCCUCCCCAGCUUCCAGUCACUGCAUGUGGUGGUGAUUGGUUUGGACUCCGCCGGGAAAACCUCCCUCCUCUACAGACUCAAGUUGCGGGAGUUCGUUGAGACAAUCCCCACCAAGGGGUUCAACAUGGAGCGGAUUAAGGUACCCAUGGGAAACACCAAAAACAACAGCACCACGUUCCAGGUGUGGGACGUCGGUGGCCAGGAGAAACUGAGGCCUCUGUGGAAGUCGUACACCAGGAGGACGGACGGGCUGGUGUUUGUGGUGGACGCGGCCGAGGCGGAGCGGAUGGAAGAGGCCAAGGUGGAGCUCCACAGGAUCGCCCGGUCAGCGGAGAACCAGGGGGUGCCAGUACUUGUUCUAGCAAACAAACAGGACCUGGAUCAAGCCAUGUCGGCUUCAGAGGUGGAGAAGGUGCUCGCCCUCCACGAGCUGAGCUCGUCCACACUGCACCACGCGCAGGGCUGCUCGGCACUGGAUGGUCAGGGUCUUCAGUCUGGCCUCGAGAAACUCUAUGAAAUGAUUCUGAAGAGGAAAAAGAUGCUGCGACACAGCAAGAAGAAGAGAUGAGGGCUGUGGAUGCACUGCAAUGCUGGGGAUUGAGGUCUCUUCUCGGACCUUUGCUUUUCUGAGGAAAUUCUCAACUGGUCACUGUGGCACUUUUUCAGCUUCAGUGGGUGAAACCAGAGGGAAGACUGAAGUUGCUCCAGAAAAGUUGCAUUGUUACCAACCAAUUUCCAACACUGAAGUGUGUGCCCGUUGUUAACACCUUCCCUCAUCUGGACAGACCUGCUUCCUUUAGGGGUGUUUGAUGCUCUUGGGCAUUCCUCCCUCUCCUCUCCCCCAGCCCUUAAAGGAGCACGCUGGAGACACACACAGAUCCAGAGGGAACAAACGAGAGAAAAUGAGUGCAAUAAAUAAUGAACACUUACUCCCGACAUUGAAGGAUAUAUUGCAGCACCUCUUGUACAAACUUGUAGUACCAACAGAAACCUGCUUGCCUGCCCUGAGCCCAGCUCCUGUUCCUCUCACCAAGUUUCAAUGUUACAUUUGACUGUAAAUGUUUAUGUUGCAUGGCUUUCACUUAACCCACUUACCUGCUUGGGAAUAGUGAGCAACACUUUUGUUGAUCAAAAGAAGACUUGUAAUUAUUCCGGGUUUGGGCACGGUGUUCAGUGAGGUUUGCCAGCGCGACUCCGAUGAUGUGCCACCAGUGAGAUGAACAAUGACGGACAUGCUGCAGCUGCCGAUUCCUGCAAUGCACGUUUAGAUAGUUUCUUACGCUUCACCAAAGUAUUUUGCUUGUCACAGUUCGGUGGGUUUCUGGGUUGAAAGAAUGGUUGGGUUGGUAAGUUCAAACAAGAAAUAGUUUUAGAUUCGUGUAUAUAUUGUUUUGAGAAAUGUGAAGAAAAAUGAAUAAAUUAUUGAGCAAC